CCCGCAGCAUUCAAAUGUAUUAUCUAAAGCAACACAUAACAAUAACAUAUCCUUGGUCGGAGCGCUAGUAUCGAUUAUGAAAGAAGGUUGCAGGAGCAAGAAAGUGGAAAGAUGCUAAGGCAAGGUGUUGACAGGCUGAUAAGCAAGUCAAAAAGACGGAUUAAUUUAUCAUCAAAAUCGUGGAAUGCCCCAAAAGAGAAGGCGGAGUGCGUUGUGAUUGGAGCGGGAAUCGUGGGAGUGGCAGUGGCCAGAGAGCUGUCGCUCAAGGGGAAAGAGGUGUUGGUCCUGGACUCUGCCACCUUCGGAACAGCCACUAUCCGCAACAGCGAGGUCAUCCAUGCCGGCAUCUACUAUCCUCCCAAUUCUCUCAAGGCUCGUUUUUGUGUGAGAGGACGAAACUUACUUUAUCAGUACUGCUCUCAACAUGGGAUACCUCACGAGCAGAUUGGGAAGCUCAUAGUUGCUACUGGAGCGUCGGAGAUUCCAAAGUUAAAUCAUCUGUUAAAUCGUGGGAUUCAAAAUGGGGUUGAAGGUCUCAGGAUGUUGGACGCUUCUGAGGCCAUCAAAAUGGAACCUGAAUUGCAGUGUGUCAAAGCCUUGCUGUCUCCUUCUUCUGGCAUUGUGGAUACACAUUCUCUAAUGCUGUCUUUAGUGGCGGAGGCUGAAACAAAGGGAACCACCUUCUCUUACAAUACCACUGUUAUUGGAGGUCAUCUUGAAGACAAUCAAAUGGCCCUCCACGUUUCCGAAAGCCAAAGUCUUGGAAACUGGGAUGGAAGCACUCAAUUGCAACCAGACCUCAUACUUUCUGCUAAAUUCGUGGUGAAUUCUUCAGGCUUGAGUGCUCCCGCCCUGGCUAAGAGAUUCCACGGUCUAAGCACUGCUGCCAUUCCUCCUGCAUAUUAUGCUCGUGGUUCCUACUUUACCCUUUCAAAUUCUACUAGACUUGCUCCUUUCAAACAUUUGAUAUAUCCUAUGCCAGAGGAAGGCGGUCUUGGAGUGCAUGUCACUCUGGAUUUAGAUGGCCAGCUCAAGUUUGGCCCAGAUGUUGAGUGGAUUCAUCAUGUAGAUGAUAUAUCCAGCUUCCUUAAUAGGUUCAACUAUGCUGUAAGUGCUGACCGUGUUGAAAGAUUUUAUCCCGAGAUUCGAAAGUACUACCCAAAUCUCAAAGAUGGAUCUCUACUACCAGGUUAUGCAGGGGUUCGACCAAAACUCUCUGGACCAGGACAGUCUGCCUGUGACUUUGUAGUACAGGGAGAAGAAAUUCAUGGAGUGACUGGUCUCUUGAAUCUUUUUGGAAUUGAGUCACCUGGGCUGACUUCAAGCAUGGCGAUUGCAGAAUAUGUAGCUGCUAGACUCUUGGGAUCAUAAUGGAAUAUACUAUUAUAGGAAGCAGAGAAGCUGCUUAAUGCCCACGUAUCGCUGCGGGCAAGAUUUUUUAUUAUUAUCUUAAUCCCAAAUGUUUGUAUGUUACACGAUAAAAAUUGAUAAUAGAAUUUUUAUUUUUGUUACUUUCGAAGCAAUGAAAAGGCCAUUCUCG